AUGAUUCAGAAAGACCUAAUCGACAGGCGCAAGGCCUUGCCUGUGAUGAGUGUCGAGCAAGAAAACUUCGAUGUGAUAGAUGCUCGACGGCCGCGAGGGCCUCGAAAAGGCUACCUGAAAGCGUUGCAGUCUCGCAUUUCGGCUCUUGAACAUCAAUGGAGCAGACAACAAAUGGCUGUGGGGGGAAGCCCGCCCGAAAGCCCCCCUAGUAAUCAACAAGGUCAACAUCUCAGACAACGGUCGGAAUCUACAUCGUACGAGGUUCAAGACCAAGUCCAAGCGAACGCCGAACAGCCAUCUAGCUCUCAGUCAUCGGCUGAGCUACCGAUCAUACAACCGACCGUGCCAUUAGAAGGAUUAUCGGCCUUGCACGGCUUCCAGCCGAUCAACGGCCCCUUUCCCUCUACUCUCCCAACCUCAUCCACCACUAAUACCUCAGACCCAUCAAAGCCUGCAGACCUCUUCUCUCGCAUGGGAAAUUUCAGUACAAUGCCUGCAGAAUUUGACGUAAGGGCAUUUGUGCCACCACAACCAAUCCCAAAUUGCGCCUUGUCAGACGGCCAGUUUGAGCUUCCCUCGGAUUUUGGCGUCACGACAGAAUUCCAAAUGCCUAAACUGAUGAAGGCGGAUUUGAGUCACCUGUACUUUGACCGAGUUCAUCUAUUUGCCCCGAUACUCAACAAGCGCCGUUAUUUUGCGCGCGCCGCGCGACCAAUGAGUGACCAAGGAGCUAUGACUUGUCUCCAGCACGCUAUGUGGACACUUGCAGCGUGGUUGGGGAGUCAGUUCAAAGACAUCCAGAAAGACCUUUAUAUCUAUACUCGGGGACUGUUAGAAAAAUGGGAGCUCAACAUGCAUCCCGGGGAUCCUCCAAUUGAGUUAGCCCAGGCAUGGCUAUUUCUGGCCAUAUAUGAAAUCAUGCAGGUCAAUUACGAGCGGGGAUGGCUGAGUGCUGGGCGGUGCUUUAGGCUCGUUCAACUGAUGAAGCUUCAUGAAAUUGACGUGCCCAACGGGAUCGCAGAAUCCGGUAUUUCAUUUGGCGAUGUCGAGGAACGCCGAAGGACGUUCUGGAUGGCGUACUCCCUGGACCGCUUCAUCAAUCUCAUAAACGAGAUGCCGCUGACCCUCAACGAACAAGUGAUUUUCACUCGCUUGCCAGCACCAGAAGUAGCUUUCCAACGUGAGCGACCAGUUGAAACCCAAUUCCUGUCGGAAUUCAUGGCAGGAGACGACGAUGUGCAGAAAGUUUCUCCAUUCGGUGCCUGCAUUGUACUCAUGACCAUCAGUGGUCGCUGCUUGUCACACCAGCAGCAAUGUAUCGUUGAAAGAGCAUACGGGGGCAUACCUCAAGACUUCCUAACCCGACAUCAAUGGCUUGAAAGCAUCGUCACGAGCAAAGGUAAAACGAUGCUUGAUUGCGUUUCAGAUGAUUUAGAUGGUGAGCUCACAGACCCUAUGCUGCUUUUCACAAACAUGGCAGCGCAAGCGACCACGCUUCUGUUGGGUAGGACUAUGCAGUCCGCACUGUAUAAUUACGAGAGCUUGAUUAGCGGAUUCGAAGAGCGAGCCAUGGAGGCUGCUCAAAAAAUAUUACAUUUAUGCCAGAGGCUAGGGCAGUAUGGCUAUUUCAAGAUACAUCCCUUCACGCCAAUCCCCCUCGUCUUCUGUGCAGAAUUUGCACAAGGGCGGAAAAACCAAAACCCCGCGUUUGAAACCCUAUAUAAUUCCAUGUUAUGUAGUCUCCGGGAUCUAAGUGUAGUCAAUAUGUUGGCGGAGACGUGUUUGGCAAAGUUCAAUGAUUUUAACCCCGAGAUGGACACUGACAUGUCCAAAUGUCAGAGCUAA